AAAGAAUUGAGGUUAAACUGUUUUCAAACAUUACUUUCAAAGUUGUAAAGAUAACAAUUUAAUAUUAAAUAAAUAAUAAUGGUUUGUGAAAAGUGUGAGAAGAAAUUAGGUAAAGUUAUAACUCCGGAUCCGUGGAAGACUGGCGCAAGAAACACCGUGGAAUCUGGUGGAAGAAAAGUUGGAGAGAAUAAAGCUCUUACUGCGAAAAAAGCCCGCUUCAAUCCUUACACAGCCAAAUUUGAUGAAUGCAAAAUCUGCCGUAUGAAAGUCCAUCAAGUGGGUUCACAUUAUUGUCAAGCUUGUGCCUACAAGAAGGGAAUAUGUGCUAUGUGCGGCAAGAAAAUAUUAAACACUAAAAACUAUCGACAAAGUUCUACUUAGUAAUACAUAGUAUAAGUAAAUAAUAAGAUGUAUUUUAAUUGUUAAACUAUAGGUUUCCUUUGCCAAAAUACCUGUACUAAAAUGUUAGCAGGAUUUUUUUUUAUUUAUAUGUGUUUUGGUACGGAAAACCCAUGUUAAGUUGGUUAAAUAAUUAAACAAUUAGUUUAUACCUCAAACCAAGGUUGUCAAGUGUGACAUAUUGAUGAAAGAGACAUUUCAUAUUAUCUGACACAGUGCACAUAAGUCUAAAUACGCUGGCGCAAAAAAGUACCUCAAGAUAUCAGACUAUGGCUGUCUUAUUGUCAUAGCAACGUUUCUAGAGGGGGAAUGCGUUACGCAUUCCGGGUGCCUGGGGAAAGCCACUCCAGUUAUGUGGGACUCUCUCCACAUCCCUGAAGGGACAUGAAACCUACCCACUAAACCCCCUCUGGUUCCCUCGACUCACUGUUUACCGGGGUGUGGGCACAUGUUAAUACUCUCCCCACACACCGGUCGGAAAAGAUAGUCAUCGUUUCUAGGCCUAGAUAAGCUUGCCUCACUAUUUGAUGGUACAUAAAAUUAUGUGUUAAAUUACAGUACUUAAAUUAACUUAAUUAGUAGCCUAUAUGUUCGACCAGACUGUUUCUACAUCUAUGCCAAAUUAAAGCAAGAUCAGUGCAGCAGUUAUGGAGAUACAAACAUCCAUCUAAACAUUCGAAUUUAUAACAUUAGUAAGAUUAAUAACCUUAACUUUUAAC